UUCAUGGACCCAGUUCACACUACAUGCAGUUCAGUUGUUUUAUUUUCUGUAUCCAAAACACGCAGAAAGUAAGUUAUAUGGUUGUCACUGUCAAAGUUCACAUCAGUGCUUGCAGUUCCAGUGCGUUCCUGUUGCAGAAAAAAAAAGUAGAACAGGCUGCAUUUUUUCUGCACAGAACUGCACUGGAACUCAUCAAAAACGCACCGUUACGUACCAAAAAUGCACCACAACGCACAUGUCCCUAUUUAAAUGGAAGAAAAAGAGAGAGGAAAAAAUGAACUGGAAUGCAUAA